UAUAAGAUAAGAAUAAUUAAGAUUGCCAAUUUGGCAAAGUUUGGAAAAAUGGGAAGAACUCCUUGUUGCUCUAAGGUGGGACUGAACAGAGGAGCUUGGACUGCUCUUGAGGACCAAACUCUCACAGAUUACAUCAGAGCCCAUGGAGAUGGAAAAUGGAGAAAGAUCCCAAAGGAAGCUGGUCUCAAGAGAUGUGGAAAGAGCUGCAGACUGAGGUGGCUGAAUUAUCUUAGACCCGAUAUCAAAAGGGGAAAUAUAACUCAGGAGGAAGAGGAUCUCAUCAUUAGGCUACACAAGCUAUUAGGCAACAGAUGGUCACUGAUAGCAGGGAGAAUCCCAGGGCGAACGGACAAUGAGAUAAAAAACUACUGGAACACAACCUUAGGGAAGAAGGUGAACUGUACGGAUCAACAAACAAAGCAGUCCUCUGGUGCAGUUAACGACAACACGAAGAAGAAGAGAAACAAGAGCACCAAAUUACCAACGUCCACAGAUAAAACUCAACCGUCGACCAACAUUGCAGUCCGUACAAAGGCAUUAAGAUUCAACAAGGUUCCUGUCACCCUACAUGCACAACAAGAAGCCACCUUUCCGCACCACGCCGAUGGAAAUCACGGGGACUUGGUGGUGAAGAAGAAGGCGGCUGCUGCCAACUACUACAGCUCUGAACAAGAAGACACGACAGCUUCGGAGGACCUCAUGUUGGAUUUCGACGUCGGGGAGCUUUUGAUGUCUGGAAUUAACAACCCGGAUUCAGAAUUCUGGAAAAUAUGCCAUCAGUUGGACGACAACAAUGAGGGCUCAAAGAACUACAAAUGGACGUCGUCUCAUCAUGCACCUCUGUUGUUCUCUGAGGAAAUGCUCAAGGAUUGGAUGGGAGAUGAUGACUGUUUCCACCAUUAAUUAAUAAUGUUGACCAUAAGCAUAACCUAGCUAGCUCGAUUCUCUGGAAUCUCAUGCACUUUGGGUUCAACAGUUUGUCUGGAUUAGAUUACUUCAAAUAAACUAAUAGCUGACUAAGAACCCCCUCCAAAGCUAGUCUUUGUUUUCUUAUUUGAAUUUUUUUAUGACAUAAAUAGUUGCAGUCAAUCAGACUGACCGCUCUCUGUAUGUCCCCA